AUGCUGCCAACAGGAGCUGCUGCACCAUUGCGCUUGGCCGGUCGAGGCGCCAGAUCUCUCCCCUCGAACCUCUCCAAAUGCGCUUCUACAGCAAGAGCAGCGUCGCGGACGAGGCAGAUCAGCACUGCGGUGCUCUCGCCAGCGGGUUGCUGCCGCCGCGCAUACCCAGUCUCUUCGUCCUCAGCAGUCAAACUUGGCCCCAGCACAUCCAGACACUUCACAUCGGCAUCAACUCGGUCAUCGCAACAGCCAUUCCAGUUUCUCACGGCGUACGCAUUCCAGGGCAAGCCUCGUCGCUCCGAGGACCUCUCACAGGAAGGUGACCCGUCAGCGUCUGCAUCUGCCACCGAAGAAGACGGUCAAUCGUCAGCAGCAUCUGACGCGAGUUCACGGAAGAAGGAGAUCGGCUUCCCUGCCGACAGCGAGAUCGGUCGGUGGAGGGACGAGCUAUUGGGGGGUGGUGAGGCAGGGGAAGACUCGUUGAUGUGCACGUCCAUGGGUAAGGCAGGCGACAUGGCGAUAGGUGUAGCAGAUGGAGUAGGUGGAUGGACCGAGAACGGCAUCGACCCCUCUCUCUUCUCCCAAGCGCUCAUGUUCUACGCCUCCAGGUCAGCAGCACAAGCUUCAGCAGAGCCCGACUCGGGGAUCGCACCCAACCGCAUCCUCGCCGAAUCAUUCGAGCAAGUCCUCAAGGAGCCUCUUGUAGUCGCCGGCAGUGCAACCGCAUGCAUCCUCACGCUCGACUCGACCACUGGUAAGCUCCAAUCCGCCAACCUCGGCGACUCUGGCUUCGUCAUCCUUCGUCAGGGCACGGGCAAGCAGGGCGUAUUUCACGCCAGCCCACCUCAACAGCUUGGCUUCAACACCCCCUUGCAGCUCGCCAAGCUGCCCAAAGAAUGGGCCCAGGAAGGCUCGAUCGCCAACACGCCCAAGGACGCGGCUGCGUGGGACUGCACGCUCCAGCACGGCGAUCUCAUCAUUGUCGGCACCGAUGGGUUGUUCGACAACGUAGACGCCAAGAACGAGAUCCCGCAAUUCGCCAAGUUCAUCAAGGAGAAGCAUCACGCUUCGUACACGGCGAGACACGCUGGCGCGGAUAAGGCGGAUAAGCAGGACAGUCUGGAAGAGGAUAGGGAGUUUGUCCAGGUGUUGGCGACGAAUCUGGUAGAGUACGCAAAGAUCUGCCAGAACUCGACCACCAAGCAGAGCCCUUUCGAGAGGGAAGCGGCCAGGUAUGGGAUUCAUUUUCCCGGAGGAAAGAUCGAUGAUGUUGCGCUGGUGUGCUGUCUUGUCAUUGAGCGCUAG